AGGACGCUUAACUCAGAACUUUUUCCCUACAAAAAUUCAAUUUAAAUUCCAUAAUAAAUAAUGGGAUGUGGUGCAAUAAACAAUAAGAACACCAUCAAAAAUUCGCCAAUAAAAAUUCUCGUUCUUGGUUUUAGUGGAUCAGGAAAAACGUACAUUGUGUAUGCUUGGUCCCUUGGUCUUCCAAAUCUGGUAACGACAUUGCCGACUGGUGGUGAUAUGUUCAAUGUAGAAAAAAUUGCAAUUCAAACAUCACAGUUUAUGUAUCUGUGGGACAUAGGCGGUGAAAUGGCCCAUAGGCGGCGCAGCUACUUCCCAGGGUCACAGGGUGUGGUAUAUGUGGUGGAUUCAUCAAAACCUUCAAUGAUAGAUGACAUUGUUGAAGAUCUAACUUCACUGGUCACAGACAGAGAUUUAUUGGGGUUACCAUUACUUGUGUUGGCUAACAAGCAGGACUCAGAAGGUUGCCUGACUACUGAACAGAUUAAAAGCCAUAUAAUACAACAUGUGCCAUUCCCCAAGCUGUGUGAAGUCUGUGGCAUUGGACUUUCUUCACAGACUGACUUAUCCCAUGCUCUUGUGUUGUUGGAAAAUUUGUUGUGUCAAGGUGGAAUAAUUUCAAAAUGACAAUCCAAGAUUAAAAACAAAUUCUUUAGGAAGUAGAUAGUCUGGAUUUUUAAAGAGGUAAAUGAUGAAUUUAAUGUUUGCCUUGUGUAUGAGUUUGGGGUGUUCUGGUACUGUAUUAAAACCAGAGACAGGGUUCAUGAUUUGGGAUAGAGUCAGUGAAAUAUUAGGUUAGGGUGAGAUUUAGUGUUGGGAAUAAGGCUUUAAAAUACCAUGCUGGAUCAGAGAUAAAUGGGGACAUAUAUUGUAUUGUAU